CGGAGACGGAGUCCUCGUGUCCGGCUGGUUUUGGCCCAGGCGACGGCGAAAAAUCGCAGAACCGCCAUGGGGAUGAACGGCCUGGGCCAGCUGGAUCAGGAGCCGAACACCUCGAGAUUUGCUCGCCUGCUCCGCGAGCUCUUGGAUGAGCAUGAGGGUCAGCAGUCGAUGCUCCGCAUGGAGAUCCAGCGGCUCAAGGAGCAGACAGAUACUCCGGAGAGGCUGGAGCUUGAGAUCCCUUGCGAGAGAAGGACCGGGGACGAGGAUUGUACCGCGCUGGCCAUCGCUGAGGCGGGAGACGAGCGCGACGCCGCGGAGGUGACCUUCUCCUUGGCCCCGGCACCCGUAACGCUGGAGGAAGGGCUGAAAUCCAUGAUCGCACCGAAGGUGGUUGCCUUUGAGUCCGGCGUCGAGUCUCCGGGGUCCUCCGCCGAGAAGAGGGCGGUCGAAGCGGCGCUGCAGUCAAUGUCCGAGGCAUCCGACAUUCUCUCUCAGCGCAAUCGCGGCAUUGACGGCAAGGCGCACUUUGAGCAGCGAGAGGUCUGGCAAACUCAGGACCUCUACCUCAUGGAGGACGAAGAUUGGUCUCCUGAGCGCUACAUCUUGGCCACCAAGACCCUGAAGAAGAACAAGCAGCAGAACUUGCUGGCACGAAGUACCAAGACCAUUGAGAUGCUUCCAAACAUGAACCUCCGUGCCAUCAUCCGGGAUCGACGUCCGAUCCCGCCCUCGGCGCCGUUGCGCCUGGCCUGGGACGUCUUUGGCCUCACGCUCAUCCUGUACGACAUCAUCGCCAUCCCUUUGGAAGCCUUCGACUGGCCCAGGAGCAUAUUUCAGGAUUUCAUGGACUGGACGGCGCUUAUGUUUUGGACCGGCGAUGUGAUCUUCAGCUUCUUUACUGGGUACUACCACAACGGCCAGCUGGUUCUAAAUUACCGGAAGAUCGCGCUGCAGUACUUGUCCACGUGGUUCAUUCUUGACUUGGCCGUGAUCGUCCCCGAGUGGCUCACCAUGGCCGGCUCCGACAGCCUCCACUACGCCGGGAUUGGUCGUGCUCUCAGGCUGGGCAAGGCCAUGCGCGUGGUGCGGCUGCUUCGGGUGCUGAAGCUGAGGCGCAUCUUGGAUGCCAUGCUGGAGUACAUCGAGAGUGAGUUUACAUUUCUGGUGAUCUCCCUGCUCCGGCUUUUGUUCUUUAUUGUGCUCCUGAACCACGUGAUCGCCUGCCUGUGGUACCUCAUUGGAAAGGAGUCGAACAUUGCGGGCAAUGUCAACUGGAUCCAAACUGGGGGCUAUCUGCAGGAGGACGCCACGUACAAGUACACCACAUCCCUUCACUGGGCGCUGACGCAGUUCACACCAGCCUCCAUGGACGUGAGCGCCAAAAACGUGUACGAGCGGGUGUUCUCCAUCGCAGUGCUGUUCUUUGCCAUGGUCGCCUUCUCCUCCAUCGUUGGAGGCGUCACGGCGUCCAUGACGCAGCUCAACAAUUUGCGCAGCAAUCACAUGAAGCAGUUCUGGAUGCUUCGCCGGUACCUCAAGCAGAAUGGAGUGAACAAGGAGCUUCAGUUCCGCAUUGAGAAGUUCCUGGAGUAUCGCAUCUUGAAGGAGCAGGAGUAUGUCCAGCCCAGCAUGGUGCUGCAUCUGUCAAAGCUGUCGCAGCCGCUACGGAAUGAGCUGGCGCACAACAUCAUGGUGCAAUGGCUGCGGGGCCAUCCGUUCUUCCUGAAGGUCAGUGUGCUAAUGCCCAACUUCAUGCACAAGCUCUGCAGUAAGGCCAUCAACGAGAAGGUCAUCGGCAGUGGAGACAUUGUCUUCGAAGCUGGCGAGGAGUGCUCCCAAGUCUUCUUCCUCUCUGCGGGCCUGGUGCUGGAAUACACGCCGCUGCAGAGCAAGAAUCAGAAUGUGGAGGAGACACCGUCCUAUAAGCUGCAGCAGAAGCAGUGGUUAUCAGAACCGGCGCUCUGGGUACACUGGAAGCAUCUCGGUGUCUGCGAGGCGGAGAAGCCUGGUGAGCUGCUCUCUGUGGAUGCCAACAACUUUUGCAAGGAGAUGUCCGCGCACCCGGCGCCGCGGGCACUCUGCGCCAGCUAUGCCCAACUCUUCGUGGAAUGCUUGAACAACCUCCCUCGGCAGAACCUCAGCGACGUACUGGAUCAAACCAUCCUGGACUCGGCGGCGCUGGUGGACAAGGCCUCUUCGGUGCUGAAGACCCUGGCGGAGCAGGCCUCCCAGGAGGUGCUGUAGGCCGCCGCCUCAGGGCUCCUCCGCUGCAUCGCUGGGGCCGCUCGGGCCUCUGGCAACUCUCUCGGCGAACCCGACGUAUCCCAAGAAGCGGCCGGUGAAAAACCAGCGGGUGCCGCCGGUUGAGUCAACGCGGUCUUCGGAGUUCAGCAC